AUGAGUCAAGCCAGGACCAUUCCGCUCAUAAUCUCCUCCCCGUUUGUGGCUAGCAUCUAGACGCGAGUUCACCCUGGGCGUGUGAACGUGCAGGUCUUCCUACCGAUGGCGGGCUCCGCGCAAGCCAGUAUGCACGGGACUUGGCUCGCCACUAGCGUUACUGGAUACAGGGACGACACAUCCGCGGGCAUGUCGGAGGGAAAGCCGAAGAAGAAAGCUUUUUACCUGGUCAGGAUGAAGCCGCUCAACAGCAAUAAGCAGCCCGCAAGCAACACCAUGCCCUUCAUGAUCCACUGCCACAUAGGGAAAGAGAUCAAGCACAUUUGCAGCAACUGCAGCCGCGGCAACGAAGCGCAGGACGCUGAGGAAGUUGAAAGACUGGCUGCCAUGCGCUCAGAGUCCCUCGUACCGGGAACCCACACCCCACCCAUCCGCCGGCGGAGCAAGUUCGCCACGCUGGGGCGCCUCUUCAAGCCCUGGAAGUGGAGGAAGAAGAAGAGCGAGAAGUUCAAGCAGACCUCCGCAGCACUGGAGCGGAAGAUCUCCAUGAGACAGAGCCGGGACGAACUCAUCAAGAGGGGCGUGCUAAAGGAGAUCUUCGAGAAAGCGACGGUGGAGUUCCAGACCAGCGUGGAGGCCGGGGUCUGCGUGCAGGACCACUCCAUGAAGCCCACCCUGGUCCUGCCUCCCAAAAAACCCUCGGGUUUCCCCGGAGACGGCCAGGACACGCCCACCAAGCAGCCCCCCUUCCACAAGCAGCCGCCCGCUCUGCCCCCCAAGCCCUUCUCCCGCAUCCCCAAUCACAUCACAGACUCAGGACAGCCCAUCAAACUGGCCUGCAUGCCGGGGAAGCUGUCCCCUCCUCUACCUCCCAAAAAGGUGAUGAUCUGUGUGCCUCCGGGGGGCCUGGAGUCCUCCCUCGCCUCCUUCUCCCAGAAGUGCUCCUCCCAGCCCCUGGGCCCCCUGCACGGGACCCUGCUGCCGUCCCACGGACACGGCCACCAGCUGCAGUACGGGACCCUGCCCAUCCCCAUCCACCCGCCCAGCCGCGUCAUCGAGGAGCUCAACAAGACCCUGGCACUCACCAUGCAGAGGCUCGAGAGUUCGGUGCUGCACGCUGUCCCCACGGUGGUGAUCGAGUGUGACGAUGACAAGGAGAACAUGCCCAACGAGUCCGACUACGAGGACCUGCCCAGCAUGUACAAAGACGAGGAUGAGGAGGAUGAGGAAGACGAAGACGAUGAAGAGGACGAUGACGACACGCUGUUCACCAGUACACUUGCGCUGAAGGUGUUGCGGAAGGACUCUCUGGCCAUAAAGCUGAGUAACCGGCCGACGCAGAGAGAGCUGGAGGAGAAGAACAUCAUCCCCAUGCAGACCGACCAGGAGCGGCUGGAGUCUCGCCAGCAGAUCGGCACCAAGCUCACACGGAGGUUGAGUCAGAGGCCCACGGCGGAGGAGCUGGAGCAGAGGAACAUCCUAAAACCAAGGAACGAGCAGGAGGAACAGGAGGAGAAGAGGGAGAUUAAGAGGAGACUGACACGAAAGCUGAGCCAGAGGCCCACCGUAGAGGAGCUGAGAGAGGCCAAGAUCCUCAUCCGCUUCAGCGACUACGUGGAGGUGGCCGACGCCCAGGACUACGACCGCCGGGCGGACAAGCCCUGGACACGCCUCACGGCCGCGGACAAGGCCGCCAUUCGCAAGGAGCUCAACGAGUUUAAGAGCACCGAGAUGGAGGUGCACGAAUCCAGCCGCCAUCUAACCAGGUUUCACAGACCAUAGAACUCUGCUCUAAGAAGACUCUGUAAUGGGCUUCCCCCCGAAAACACACACGCACACGGACAUGCUUACACACACAUACACCUGCAGACACUCACACACACACACACACACACACACACACUUACAGACACAACCUUAAGUGCUGAACUGUGAAAGGUGUCCACGUCUACAAUAAAUCCGCUCUAAUUUCGAAUUGCCUUCUGAACCGAGUAUACCCCGGCACAGAGCCAGCACCAUGGAGAGGAUCAGUGCAACAAUAAGGAAUCGAAUUUACACCCAAAACGCCCUCAUCCACAAGCACCAGGAGGACGGGUCGGGACGGGACUGGAGGAGGGGGGGGGCUGCUGACGAACUGCACCCUGACAGCCCCUCGCCCCCCCUGCACGGAGCUCCAUGGCACAUUCUCCCUUUACCACCACAGCGAGAGGGUGCAGGUCAUCUUCCUCCUCUCGCUCCUCCUCCUCCCCCUCCCCCACUCCUGGCCCCACCCCUCCCUGCAGGGUGAGCCAGCGGGGGGGGCGGCUGGAACAAUUUCGGGACGCCGUCCCGCCCCCAGCCAGGCGACGGCCAACAGCUCGGGACUCUAGUGCAAUAUCUCCUCUCCGCUGGGGAAACAGCGCCCCCUAAGGAACUCUCUGUACUAGCGAUUAUCUAACAGUGCUGGUGAUGUUUAUAUUCUGCUUACUGUGAAUCCGGAGAGCACGCAGAUUGGCUGUUUGCGAUGUUUUUAAGCGCGUGUGCGUACUACUGAGGUGCAAAGACGUUCGUUCAACUACAGCUGUGCUCGGGCACCGCCGUGCCGUGAAAAGACUUUGAAAAAGGAGGGCACCAAACGGCGAUAUAUAUAUAUAUAUUUAUGUUGAUGGCUAUGUGAUGAUCUAUUGACAGUUUUAGGCAAGGUGUUUCUACUUUUUAACAGACAUCCUUUUUGAACGUAUUCUUAUUUUUUAAAAAUAUGGUUUAUUUGGGGCUUUCGUCGUGAGAGGAGCCGGCACAGGUGGUGUGUACCACCGCGUACGGGAUGAACGGAGAAUACCGAGGGACCUCCCCUCUUUUCCAUCCCUCCGUUUGCUCUCCGACACCCGUUUUUCUUUUUUUUUCUUUUUCCCCCGGAGGCUCCGUCUAUCAGCACAGCGGGCGUGUGCAUGAAAAGAUGGGCGCUCCACCAUCCAUCCUUCAUUAUAAAUCUCUCUUCACUCUCUAUCCACAAUCAGCAAUAUACUUUUCACUGUAAAUAACUGGAAGUUACCUAUCAAGUGUACCAUAUUUAAUUUUAUUUAUUUGUGUGUGUGUGUGUGUGUGUUUGUGUGUGUGUGGUGUGUGGUGUGUGUGUUCCUUAAGUGGGACAUCAUCUGUGAUCUUUUUCUUUUUUCUAUUUUUUUUCUUUUUUUUGGUGAAAUGUUUGGGAAUCUUGCAGCACCAGAUAUCUCCAGCUGGAGGAGAGUGAACCUGAGAAACACAGAAUGCAGCUUUCCCCUAUUUAAGUGACUUUGUGUGUUGAACGAUCAGCAUUGUGAGGAAGGUGCAAUAUGGUAUGCAAUUUUACUUGCUCGUCACAUAAUGUAUAAAUGCAAGUAGGAAGUCUGGAUAAAUCUACCAGGUGGAAAAAAGACAUUUUUAAUGCUCGAACCUAAUUUCUACACUUCUUUAAAGAUACGGCAUGUCGGUAAUUCAAUUUCAGCAAACAAAAUACCUAAUAUAGACUUUGAUAUGGGGGACAAACCCGUCUGGAUAAUUUACUAUUUCACAAACAUAUUACAUAUGAUGCAUCGUACGGCAUGAAAUGUGGAAUAACUGUAAUGGGAAUUGUCACUUGGGCAUCGAGAGAGACCCUGUGGAGAAGUUUACCCUUUUGUGUGGCUCCGUUUCAAAUGCCUUUUCUUUGUGGUGGUGGUGGUGGUGUGUCAUUCAGUGAGACUAUCAGUAUAAAGGACCACCAAGUCAUUUCAUUGGAUAAACGAAUGUGAAUUCAGCAAUAAUUUUUUCCCCUUUUAUUUGUAUUUCCCCCCGGUACUUUAUGUUCUUUUACUUUUGUAUGGGCAGGUGCAGGACAAUGAAUCAGUUUUUUUAGCAACCUUGGGUCUUCUCUAGUAGUAUGCAUCAUAACCCAAGCGAUUAUUACCUCUUCAUUGAUGGAGUCAAUUCACUGUUAUUUAAUGGCAACAAAGAAAUGAUGCCAUUUUGCCAAGUUUUUUUUCUUAUUCACAAUCAUUUUCUAGAAUUUUUAUGUUUGUUUUUUUUUGUGUGGUGGUAAGAUUGCUUUGCUGUUGUGAGCAAAAUUUAAUGGUACAAACUAAAGGGAAAACUCUGGCUGCCUUAAAUCUUUUAUUUUGUUUAGAAAUGAAGGGGCACCCUUUCUAUGGUCCCAAUUUACACCAAAAAGUAUAUAUAUAUAACUUCAGUGAAUACUUGAAUGGUGUGUGUGUGUGAGAGAGGAUUUCUGUUAAUGUCUCACUGUGUGACAUAUUUCGAGCCUGUUGGCUUGGUCUUCUUAACUUCUUCCUUUUGAAUUUGUUCUUGGUGUAACUUGGGUACCAGUCGUGACAAACCGGUUCUCUUUUUUUCUUCCUGGUAACAGUGUAAGGAUCCAUGUGUUCCUGUAUGCCCCCCGUAGAGCAAGAAUCAGACUGCCAUGUUGUGUGUAAAGAACAGUUAUUUACUGGAAUUAAAUAUUGCCAAACGAA